UCUGGACUACUGUAUAAGUAACAGGCUUGUUUGAGGAUGAACCAUUUCGCUUUCCUCCUGCUGGUGGCGGCGACGGUGGCGUUGGCGAGCGCCGCCCCCGAGGCUCUCUCCAGGCUCAAGAGACAGGACGAGGCACCUGGCGGAGAUACGAGCGAGCUGCCGCCUCCCGAAGGAGACGGAAUGAGCAGCGAGGAGGCCGAGGCAGAAGGGCGGGAGAUACCCACGGAGGGCGACUGGUUCCUCAUGAUGCAGCCUUGGGGUAUGCCGGGCAAGGCGCCGUCCCCGGAGGAGGAAAUGCCCCGGGACUGGAUCGACGCCAUGCUCAGAAUGUUGCUCACGGACGGAGGGAUGGGCCCCCCAGGUCCCCCCGGGCAUGGGGGUCGACGCCGCAAUCCCAUGAUGCCCGAAGUUGCCUAUAACUUCUUCGAGAUCGCGAAUAACACCAUCAACAUCAUGGUGCCGGGAAUGGUGCCCUGAAGUUUGUUUGUCUGUUUUUUUCUUCCGAGUAGUUAGCGGUUUGAGGUUGAUGGAUAAUCUUGUUUUUUUUUCGAUGCUCAGUGUUUGUUUGUGUUAUUUCAAGCUAUUUUUCCCCAUGGUAAAUUUUUUUUAAAGCUAUUUUUUUUCUUGGUCAUUAUCUGUUUUUUUCUUAAGGUAUUUUUUCAAGGUCUUUUGUCUUUUCAAGCAAUUUCUUUCUUGGUCAAUAUUUUUCUUUUCUUCUUGUAUGGCCAAUAGCUAUCUUACUUUUUAUCAAGCAGAUUAUUCGUUUUAUGUAAAUAACUAUUGUUGCCUUUAGAAGCCUUUUCUUAUUGCCAGUUAUUUUUUUCCUUUCAAGCUGAAUGUUGCAUAUAAAUGUUCAAAAGGCUCUUUUGUCUCUCCUUUAAUUUGCAUGGAUUAUACUUUGACUCCAUGCAUUGUAGACGGACCGGCGCCAGUAAGCACAAAUAAAGCAUUUCAUCUAUGUCA